CGACACAUCAAUGCCAUUCUUUUGAUUCACAAACUUUUGAAUUUAAACACUGAAAGUCUUUUCUUGAUCGUCGCUCCGACAAGUUUUACCACACUGACAUCAAAACCAUGGGGUAGGGAUUAAGAAUAUGCGCACAAACAUGUUCUUCAGCACGCUACAGGCAGCACGAUGCCCGUAUACGGCAAGGUAUGCGCCAAACAUUCGCUGUACAGAUGGUCGGUUUCGUUUCUUUCGUUCUCUUGCUCCAGCAACGACCGCGAAAACAACAGCACUGUUCGCUUCCCGAUGUGGGCACAACCACACAAAUUACCGCCACCCAAGACGGAGAGGCCAUUGUCGUCGUUUGUCGACGGAAUCUGUGGUAACAGCGCCAGCGGAUUGGAACGCGCUGUAUCCCUCCCCGUCUGCGAUAGAUGUGUCGCCGCUCGCGUGCUCGCUCCGAGCAAGGGUCCGGGAAUACACCUCGGAGAACGGGCGCUUGAAGCUGAUCGGUGUCCUAGCGAACGAGGGAUCCCAUCGCAUCAACUCUGAUCUAUAUUCUGAACGCAUCAAACACACCUUUGAGGAGGACGGAAUCGACUACGAGGUCUGGCGGUAUCCGGAGUUGGAAUCCCGCGACAACGGCAGCGACAAGGAGCAGCAGGCUAAGAUCCAAUGGAUCAAGGACCGGAUACAUCGUAUCAAUGAACGCACAGAUAUCGAUGGGGCUCUCGUGUUCUAUCCUAUCUAUCCCUUUGGACCAAAGGGCCCCUACAAAAACAAGCUGAUGGGGGUAUACUACAAGACGCAAGACGACCAUAUCCGGGACCUGUUGCUUCCGGGCAAGGACGUCGAGGGAUUGUGUCGAAACAAGUGGUUCAAGAUACGGGAUUCAAAGCAGAAAAAUUCUCCGGCAACAUACCCAUGUACUGCCCUGAGUGUUCUGAAAAUCCUCGAGGAGUACCACAUGGGCAGACGUAAUAAUCAGCCAAACGAUUGCUGGAAAGACCAGACCAUAUGCAUCAUAAACCGUUCAGAAAUCAUGGGCCGGCCACUGGCGGUGAUGCUGGCCAAAAAGGGUGCGACGGUCUACUCCAUCGACAUUGAUUCCAUUCUCCAGUUCCGGCCCGACGGGAAACGGCUCCGCCGGUGCAACCCAGCCACCACGAGCCUCGAAAGCUGCACAAGGGAGUCGAACGUGGUGGUGGCGGGCGUACCUCAGGCAAGCUUUCGCAUCCCCAUCUCGAGCAUCCGGGAGGGAGCGACGAUCGUCAAUGUGGCUGAGGUUCCGAAUGUCUGUGAGGCCACUCUGUUUCGGGAGCGACCGGACGUUCGUUACAUUCCCCAGGUUGGGAAAGUAACUGUGGCAACCCUGUCCCUGAACCUGAUGAACCUCAAAGUCAACCGACCGGGUAGUAGUUGAUCGACCGGGGCGACGCUGCACGGAUCGAAUACCAAAGUGGGAAGAACGAUAAUUGCGAAAGAUCCAACAGCAUAAAUCCAAUAGAUUUUUGUACACAGA